CAUGAACUGCCACUGUUUAGCAAAUAAUGAAGGGGUAUGGCUGACAGCAUCCAAUCAGGAGCAAGCACUUGUAUGUGGAGUGAAAUGAACUCAUCAUAGUACAGCUGUUGGGAGAGGCAGUAAAUGCAGCACAUUGCACAACCUUUAGGGAAUAUUUAAGAAAAUCUGCCUUCCUGAUUUAACAGGUGAUGUAUGAUUUUCUUUGGCAAAGUAUGAAUUAAAGUUUUUGAAAAAUGCCCGACAUACCAGUGACUCUACAGUACACUCCCCCAGAUGGAGGCUGGGGAUGGGUUGUGGUCUUUGGGUCAUUUAUUUCAAUUGGAUUUUCUUAUGCAUUUCCUAAAGCCAUUACAGUAUUCUUCAAGGAAAUCCAAGAGAUAUUCAAUACCUCAUAUAGUGAAAUUGCUUGGAUAUCAUCAAUUAUGUUGGCUGUCAUGUAUGCAGGAGGUCCAAUCAGCAGCAUUCUGGUAAACAAAUAUGGAAGUCGUCCUGUGGUAAUAGGAGGAGGUGUCCUGUGCUCUUUAGCAAUGAUUUCGGCAUCUUUCUGCAACAGUGUCAUGCAGCUAUACAUCUGCAUUGGUGUUAUGGGUGGUUUUGGAUUAGCAUUUAAUCUUCAGCCUUCUUUAACAAUUAUCGGAAAGUAUUUCUUCAAAAAGCGCCCCAUAGCAAAUGGACUUGCCAUGGCUGGGAGUCCCGUGUUUUUAAGCACUUUGGCUCCACUGAAUCAAUUUCUUUUUAAUCAAUUUGGAUGGCGGGGUAGCUUUCUAAUCUUAGGAGGUCUUCUGUUAAACUGCUGUGUGGCUGGCUCCCUCAUGAGGCCAAUUGGACCAAAGCCUGUGAAAAAAGAUAUUGAAAAAGCACCAAAGGAUGAUGAAAACCACAAGAAAAAAGAAUCUGUUUGUCAAAGCAUCAACAAAUACUUAGAUUUAUCACUUUUUAAGCACAGGGGAUUUCUAAUUUAUUUAUCUGGAAAUGUUAUCAUGUUUAUUGGCUUUUUUGCUCCUAUUGUUUUCCUUGCCCCCUAUGCAAAGCAUAUGGGUAUAGAUCAAUACUCAUCUGCUUUUUUGCUGUCUAUCCUAGCUUUUGUAGAUAUGGUUGCCAGACCAACAAUGGGAAUGGUUGCAAACACUAGAUUUAUACGUCCCAGAAUUCAAUAUUUUUUUAGCUUUGCAAUUUUGUAUAAUGGUGUCUGCCAUCUUUUAUGUCCAUUGGCCAAUGAUUACACUGGCCUAGUGAUUUAUGCUGUCUUUUUUGGAUUUGCAUUUGGAAUGGUGAGCAGCGUCCUGUUUGAGACACUAAUGGACAUUGUAGGAGCUGCAAGAUUUUCCAGCGCUGUUGGACUUACAACAAUUGUGGAAUGCUGCCCGGUUUUGAUUGGGCCUCCAUUAGGAGGUUUUUUGGUGGAUGUAACUGGAAACUAUAAAUACAUGUACUUUGUCUGUGGAGUGAUCGUGAUUAUAGCAAGUAUUUGGCUUUUUAUUGGGAAUGCUAUUAAUUACAGAAUGCUGGCAAAGGAAAAAAUGGCAACAAGUGCAAAGAAUAUAGAUGAAAAGACUGACCUGAAAGAGACCGAACCUCUCAACAACCCUGAAACACUAGAUGUUGCUACAAAGUCGUCUAAGGUGGAUGCAAAUCAGUCAGAGAGAGAGACUAGUAUAUAAUAUCAAACAUAUUUAUUAAAGCUAAAUGUUGUUAUUGUAGUAUUUAAAGUGUUACAUGGUUGGAAUACAAUGCUGAUCAAUGACUAUAUGGGCAAUAAAAGGUUCAAACUAA